CAGAAUCUCUGUACAGAUUAUGGAGGUGGGGCAGGUCAUUGAUCAUUUGGACCCACUACAAAACAAUAAAAAUUGUACCUCCUUCAAAAAUCUCCUCCAACUGUUGGUGCAGGCAGCAGUGACUCCAUUUACAGUCAUGGCCACUACCUCAAGUCAGAACGUGGAGUUUGUGAGGACCGGUUAUGGGAAGAAUAUGGUUAAAGUUCUUCACAUCCGCCGUGAAGGGGCUCAUCACCACAUUACUGAGCUGAUUGCAAAUGUUCAGCUAACCCUGAAGACCCACAAAGACUAUCUGACAGGAGACAACUCUGAUAUCAUCCCCACCGACACAAUCAAAAACACUGUCCAUGGUCUCGCCAAAAUAAAAGGAAUCAAGACCAUUGAGGGCUUUGCCCUGGAUAUCUGUGAACAUUUCCUCACAGCUUUCAAUCAUGUCACAAGAGUGAGGGUCAACAUUGAUGAAGUCCCCUGGAAGAGACUGGAGAAGAAUGCAGUCGAACACACACAUGCUUUUAUCCACUGCCCUGAGGCCUGGCAUUUCUGUGAGGUCGAACAACAUCUAAAUAUGACUCCAGUGGUUCACAGCGGUCUAAAAGAUAUGAAGGUACUGAAGACUACUCAGUCUGGAUUUGAGGGCUUUCUGCGUGACCGUUUCACCACUCUGACAGAGGCAAAGGACAGAUUCUUCUGUACUUCAGUUUAUGCAAGAUGGCGCUACAACACUCACAUGAACGUGCCAUUUGAUGCUGCAUGGAAAACUGUUAAGGACACCAUCAUUCAGAAGUUUGCGGGACCCUAUGAUCGUGGGGAAUACUCUCCUUCCGUUCAGAAAACUCUGUAUGAGACACAACUCCUGGUACUUGACAGAAUUCCACAGGUUGAGGAAAUCGAGAUAAUUAUGCCGAAUCAGCAUUAUUUUGUCAUUGACAUGACAAAAAUAGGACUCUCAAACAAGGAUGAGGUUUAUCUUCCUCUCGAUAAUCCAGCAGGAAACAUCACAGGCACUGUGCGCAGAAAACCACGAGCCAAAAUGUAAAGACUGACAACUUUCACAAACUAGACAUCUCAUAUCCACAAAACAAAUAAAAUCUAUAAAGCAA